UGCAUUGGGGAACGUCAAUGCUGUUGACGAAGAAGACGAUGAAGACGACGACGAAGACGACGACGCUGCGCCGCCAAUGGCGGCGACGUGGUAACGACGACGACGAAGACCGCGAUGGUGGGUGGACCGGUGGACGCCGAAGGGGAUUCUCCGAGCUUGGAGUCUUCAAGAUUCCGACCUUUGGGACGCGAACAUGCCCGCUGAUGAUCUCUCACGAGCUGGCCGCACGCUUCAAAGUCUCACUUCAAAGUUCCAGAGUGACUUUCGGUGGGACAUGUAAAUCUCCGCGGACUCACGACGGAAAGUUCCGCCCCCUGAGAAGAAUUACGGCCGUGAUGGAAAGUAAAAAUACAUCGAAGACGGUAGACACGAAGACACGAAGAAUUCCAAAGGGUGCCCGCCGUUAGUGAGACACUGCAAAAAUAUGCGAGGCUAUCGUUUGAGCGCUUCCCACACGCUCGAUUUCUUCUACGAAUAUCCCCGAUUUUAUAAAUAUAAUUUUAGCAAGUGUUAAUAACGAUUGAAUUCCACAAGUCUGGUGAUGAGUAUUCAUCGUCGAUGCUGCGAAAGCGUAGAACUUACAUCCACAAAAGUCACAACGGACAUUUCGUUCUAAUUGCCAUACUGAUUGGCAAUCGCUAACUUGAUUAAAGUUUUAGCGAUCGUUAAAUUUUCUUUUUUUU